AUGCUAGGGAUAAAUGCGCUUUUAUUAAUUUACGUCUCAACACUUUUUCACUGUGGGACAACUUUAGCCUGUCAACUUCCUGAUUCAAUUUCAAUGGUAUGUUCAUUGCUUUACUUUGCAUGGAUUAUUUUUGAUAAUCUAGAUGGAAAGCAAGCAAGAAGGACUCAGGCGUCAACACCUUUAGGAUUGAUUUAUGAUCAUCAGUCCGAUGCUUUAGAGAUUACUGUAAUGGCAACUUUCUUUGGAAUUAUUUCAUUAUUUGGAAAUUCCCCUUAUACAAUUGCAAUCUGGACGACUGCAGCGAUUCACUGUUAUUUUGAAAAUUGGGAAGCGCUCUAUACAAAUUCUUAUAGUAUGUCAAGCAAUAAAUACCUUUUCGUGGGGAUGCUUGCUUUGAUUUAUACUGCACUUGGCUCUGAAUUUUUUAUAAAUACUAUGGUAUUUCAAACUGAGCUUAGGAUGUUGGUAUUUUAUGGAUUUUGCAGUUGGGUAUCGAUUGAAGUUUUAAUUCGGUAAGAUCUAUUAAGAAUCUUCAACGUUCUAAUGAAAUCUUCAAACAAAAUGGAGGCCUUUAUGAAUUUGGGAUCAUUAUUCUAUAUUAUCUUUUGUGUGGUAGUAGUUUUGGUGUUUUCACCAGUUGGAUUAGCUUAUGCAGGGACAAGAGAAUUUGUAUUAUUUUUAGGUUUUAUUUUUGCUAGAGAAAUGGGAUUUUUGCAGCUGGCUCAUGUCAGUAAUUCAGAAUAUGAGCCAUUAAACAUCCCAAACUACAUUCUCCUUUCUCUUCUUAUGUUUAACACAUCAUGCCAUGCUUGGGGAUUUCCGCUUCUAGAUGAGUACAAUCUGCUCUGCUUCCUUCUCCUUUUUGCUGGUCUAAGCUAUCUUCAUUUCAUAUACUCAGUCACAAAGGAAAUCACUAAAGAACUGAAUAUCCCAAUUCUCACAAAUUUGCGUAAUUUCCACAUAGAGAGAAAAAUUCAAUCAGUUUAA